UGUACCAGUGGACCCGAAAAUAGUGUGAAGGUCAGGUGAAGUGGAAGUUCAAAACACGGUGGCCAUGUAGUCUCGUUCCGUCUUUACCUGGGAUCGCUAAACCUACAUUCAUUUUGGAGUAUAUUGCUACUGCUUAAAAAGAACAGAUACCUAGAAAAAUUUUUUUUUCUAGAUUUGUGAAUGCAGACAGGUAGACGAAAAGAUUGAAGCCUUUCUAAUGUCACCAUAUUUGCCUAGGCCUAGUAAGACUUGUAAUAUUUUGCUUGGCAACGUCGAUGAGAUGGAAACCACCAAAGAGCAACAUAAUAUUCAUAGUCUGUACAAUCAAAAUGAAACCUGGUUGAGUGAAAAAGGAGCUUGGCUGACGUACUUCAUUCUCGUAGUUUUCUUGCAUUUGGUGCUGCUGAGUGUCCCAUUCUUUGAUACAGCAACGGCUUGGACAAUGACAAACGUCAUACAUAAUUUGGGAAAUUAUUUCUUGCUCCACCAUGUGAAAGGAGCCCCAUUCCAAACAUUUGAUCAAGGCCAAGCUAGAACCCUUACCCACUGGGAGCAAAUUGAUCAUGGAGAGAUGUACACUACCACCAGAAAAUUCUUGAUGUUCGUCCCAGUUGUGCUGUUCAUAUUGGCAAGCUUCUACUCUGGUUACAGCCAAUGGCACUUUAUUCUAAAUUUCAGCACGCUUGCACUUGCAGUAAUACCAAAGUUGCCUCAACUGUACAAGGUCCGGCUAUUUGGAAUUAACAAGUACUGAACUGUUGUAUUGUAAACAAAAUCAUAAACUGCAAUUUAUUGUGUAUUCUAUAUUUAGAUACAUUAUUUCCUAAUACUGGAAGUAACUUUGAAACUGCAAUUAGACACUCAACAUUUUGGAACUAAGAGAAAAAUUAUCUCAAUAUUUUGGGACCUAGUUGUGGCUUGUGAUAUAUUUGAUAUUAUAGCCAACCAAAAUCUACUUGCAUUUUAAGUCUAUUAAUGCCAAACCCGAAAUUUCUGAUAAAUUAUUGCCACCAGCACUUUGAGUAAGUGAUGCUGCUUUCCAAUAACACAUUUAUAAAGCCAACAUUCAACCUUUUAGUUGCCCAACUCAAGCAUAAAAGCUUUUGGUACCACAAGAUUUAAAAAAUAUGAACUAUUAUGUCGUGCAAAAAGGGGUUUUGUAUUAUCUCUCUGUUUUCUGGACUGUUUUAAAUAAAGGUAUUAUGCAAUAUCUUUUUAAAUUAUUUUAAACAAUCGAAACUACUCAUUCAGCUUUUAAUUACUGUGACAUUAUCAACACCAGUUAAGUUUAUCUUCUAAGAUAUGCAUAAAAUUUUAUUAGAUUCACUUUUAGAGUCUUGUUAUUUA